GGAACGGGGGGGCGGGGCUCAACUGUCACCGGCCCCCCGCCUGUGUUGGCGGGAGAGUCGGAGACUGAGUGCGGGGCCUGAGAGCCAGGAUGGAGUCCAAGCGGAAGGCGCCCGUGGUGGGGGCUGGUGGGGGGGACCCCGCUCCGGCCCCACGGAAGCGGCCCAAGGGGGGCGACUGGGAGGUCGACGGCCCCUCGCACUUUGAGGAGGAGCUGGCCCUGCUGGACGAGGUGGAGGCCGAGAUGGCGCUGGAGAUGAAGGAGUCGCAGCCGGCCCCUGACACGGUGCCCCUGGGGAGCCUGAUCUCCUCCGUGGGGAACCCCAAGUGGCAGAGGCCCCCGCCCCCCAGGAUAAACCCUACCCAGGACGCGCUCUGCUUCCAGCAGGUGGAGCUGGACUACUAUGUGGGUGUCCCUGUGCCAGGCAUGCCCGGUGCCACCCAGGGCCCGGUGCCCAUUCUCCGGAUGUUCGGCGUCACCGCAGCCGGAAACAGCGUCUGUUGCCACAUCCAUGGCUUCGCCCCCUACUUCUACGUGCCCGCCCCGGCCGGCUUCCAGCCCCAGCACCUGAGUGACUUCCAGCGGGAGCUGAACGGGGCCGUGCUGCGGGACCUGCGCUCCAACCGGGAGGGGCUGAGCCGGGCCGUGCUGGCCGUGGAGAUGUGCAGCAAGGAGAGCAUGUACGGGUACCACGGGCAGCGCCGCCUGCCCUUCCUGAAGGUGACCCUGGCGCUGCCGCGGCUGGUGGCGCCCGCCAAGCGGCUACUGGAGCAGGGGCUGCGCUGCGAGGGGCUGGGCGUGCUGGGCUACUCAGCCUACGAGGCCAACAUCGACUUCGAGAUCCGGUUCAUGGUGGACCGGGAUGUCGUGGGCUGUAACUGGAUUGAGCUGCCCCCCGGCAAAUAUCGGCUGCGCCCCGAGCAGCACACGGGGGAGCCCCCCAAGGAGCUGGCCAAGGCCUCUCUGUGCCAGCUGGAGGCUGACGUGGGCUGGGCAGACUUCAUCAGCCACCCCCCCGAGGGCGACUGGCAGGGCAUCGCCCCACUGCGGGUACUGAGCUUCGACAUCGAGUGCGCCGGCCGCAAAGGGAUCUUCCCGGAGCCGGACAAGGACCCGGUGAUCCAGGUGGCCAACAUGGUGCUGCGUCAGGGCGAGCGCGACCCCUUCAUCCGCAACGUCUUCACCCUCCAGAGCUGCUCCCCCAUCGUGGGCUCCCAGGUGCUGUGCUACUCCCAGGAGGCCGAGCUGCUCAAGGCCUGGGCGGAGUUUGUGAGGAUCGUGGACCCUGAUAUCGUCACCGGCUACAACAUCCAGAACUUCGACCUGCCCUACCUGCUGCAGCGUUCCCAGACCCUCAAGGUUUCCACCUUCCCCUUCCUGGGCCGCAUCCUCGGGCGCAAAUCCCUCAUCCGGGACUCGUCCUUCCAGUCCAAGCAGAUGGGGCGGCGGGAGAACAAGGUCAUCAACGCUGAGGGGCGCAUCCAGUUCGACCUGCUGCAGGUGCUGCUGCGCGAAUACAAGCUGCGCUCGUACACCUUGAACGCCGUCAGCUUCCACUUCCUGCAGGAGCAGAAGGAGGACGUGCAACACUCCAUCAUCACUGACCUGCAGAAUGGGACGGAGCAGACGCGCCGGCGCCUGGCCGUGUACUGCCUGAAGGACGCCUACCUGCCGCUGCGCCUGCUGGAGAAACUGAUGUGCGUCAUCAACUACAUGGAGAUGGCGCGGGUCACCGGGGUGCCGCUGGGCUACCUGCUCUCCCGGGGCCAGCAGGUCAAGGUGGUGUCACAGCUGCUGCGCCAGGCCAUGAAGCAGGAGCUGGUGAUGCCCGUGGUGAAGUCGGAAGGGGGCGAGGACUAUGCUGGUGCCACGGUCAUCGAGCCUCAGAAGGGGUACUACGACGUGCCCAUCGCCACGCUGGACUUCUCCUCCCUGUACCCCUCCAUCAUGAUGGCUCACAACCUGUGCUACACCACGCUGCUGCAGCAGGGGGCGCCGGAGCGCUACGGGCUGUCCCCCGAGGAGUUUAUCCGCACCCCCACGGGCGAUCUCUUCGUCAAGGCCUCUGUGCGCAAGGGGCUGCUCCCUGAGAUCCUGGAGAACCUGCUGGCCGCCCGCAAGAGGGCCAAGGCGGAGCUGCAGCGGGAGACCGACCCCUUCAAGCGGCAGGUGCUAGACGGGCGGCAGCUGGCGCUCAAGGUCAGCGCCAAUUCGGUGUACGGCUUCACCGGCGCCCAGGUGGGCAAGCUGCCCUGCCUGGAGAUCUCCCAGAGCGUGACGGGUUUUGGGCGCCAGAUGAUUGAGAAAACGAAGCAGCUGGUGGAGUCGAAAUACACCCUGGCCAACGGGUACAGCGCCGACGCCAAGGUGGUGUACAGGGACACGGGCUGGGUCGUGGGGGGGCUGGAUCUCUCUCACCCCUCUGCCCCCCCGCAGGUGGUGUACAGGGACACGGGCUGGGUCGUGGGGGGGCUGGAUCUCUCUCACCCCUCUGCCCCCCCGCAGGUGGUGUACAGGGACACGGGCUGGGUCGUGGGGGGGGCUGGAUCUCUCUCACCCCUCUGCCCCCCCCAGGUGGUGUAUGGGGACACGGACUCGGUGAUGUGCCGCCUGGGGGUGCCCUCGGUGGCGGAGGCCAUGCGCAUCGGGCGGGAAGCCGCCACCUGGGUGUCUGGCCACUUCCCACCCCCCAUCAAGCUGGAGUUCGAGAAGGUGUACUUCCCCUACCUGCUGAUCAGCAAGAAGCGCUACGCCGGGCUGUACUUCUCCUCCAGCGCCAGCGCCCACGACAAGAUGGACUGCAAGGGCAUCGAGACCGUGCGGCGCGACAACUGCCCCCUGGUGGCCAACCUCAUCAACACCUGCCUGCGGAAACUGCUCAUCGACAGGGACCCGGCGGGCGCGGUGGCCCACGCCAAGGAGGUGAUCUCGGACCUGCUGUGUAACCGGGUGGACAUCUCCCAGCUGGUGAUCACCAAGGAGCUGACCCGCACGGCCCACGAGUACGCCGGCCACCAGGCCCACGUGGAGCUGGCCGAGAGGAUGCGGCGGCGGGAUCCGGGCAGCGCCCCCAGCCUGGGCGACCGCGUCCCCUACGUCAUCGUGAGCGCGGCCAAGGGGGUGGCGGCCUACCUGAAAUCAGAGGACCCCAUCUACGUGCUGGAGAACAACAUGCCGAUCGACACCCAGUACUACCUGGAGCAGCAGCUGGCCAAGCCCCUGCUGCGCGUCUUCGAGCCCAUCCUGGGCGAGGGCCGGGCCGAGAGCGUCCUGCUGCGAGGGGAGCACACGCGCUGCAAAACCGUCCUCACCUCCCGGGUCGGGGGGCUCAUGGCCUUUGCCACCAAACGCAGCACCUGCCUGGGCUGCCGGGCCAGCCUGCCCCACCACGGCGCGGUGUGUAAGUUCUGCGUGGGGCACCAGUCAGAGCUGUACCAGAAAGAGGUCUCUCAUCUCUCGGCGCUGGAGGAGAAGUUCUCUCGGCUCUGGACCCAGUGUCAGCGCUGCCAGGGCAGCCUGCACGAGGACGUUCUGUGCACCAGCCGGGACUGCCCCAUCUUCUACAUGCGCAAGAAGGUGCAGAAAGACCUGGAUGACCAGGAGCGGCUGGUGGCUCGAUUCGGGCCCCCCACGUGGUGACCGGGGCCCCCCCCGCUGGCAGGGGGGCAGGACACGGGGGCUCAGCCCCUCCCUCGUCAAGGGAGGUUCCCCGGGUGGGGCUGGGGGGGCCAUCAGGAGCUUUGUAAUUUUCUAUUUUCUACCUGGAAUAAAGACUCUUAUUUUCAA